CUGCCAAUGGGCAGCGGCCGGGGCGCGGCGUCCCUUCUGGCGGCCGCGAAUGAAAUGGCGAGCGGCGGCGGCGGCGGUGGUGGCGGCGCCGGCAAGAUGGCGGAUAAAGAGAAGAAGAAGAAAGAGAGUAUCUUGGACCUCUCCAAAUACAUCGACAAAACAAUCCGAGUGAAAUUUCAGGGUGGGCGAGAAGCAAGUGGAGUCUUGAAAGGAUUUGACCCUCUUCUGAACCUUGUGCUUGAUGGUACCAUAGAGUACAUGCGAGAUCCAGAUGAUCAAUACAAAUUGACGGAAGACACGCGUCAGCUGGGACUUGUGGUCUGCAGAGGGACCUCUGUGGUUCUCAUUUGUCCACAGGAUGGCAUGGAAGCUAUUCCAAACCCUUUCAUUCAGCAGCAAGAUGGCUAAUGUUUUCUUUGGAUGGUCUCCGAAGACUUCAAGGGUGCAAAAUAUCAGAGAAAACUAUCAGUGUGUGAGGAGCUCCCUGUUUUGAGGGAGGAGUUUGAAUGUGUAUUUGCUAGGGUGAAAGAACGGUCAACUUUUAUUUUUAUGGCUUUCUGUAAUGAUGAGGGAAUGGGGAACAGUGUGUAAGAAGUAAGCUCUGAUUUUUUUUUUCCCCCUAAAUGAAUGUGUAAUGGCACUGUUUGGAGCCGGCAGGAGGAAUAUAUUAUCAUGGAAUUGUCUGAGACCCUCUUGAUCUUGUGAGUUUUGAAGUAACCACAUAAAAUUAGUCAAGAAUGCCCUGAAUAAUAUUGUUUACAUUUUUAACUACAUUAAAAAUGUAUUUAAUCUAAAUUGAUCUGGAGCCAAAACACAGUAGAACAUGGUUUUCUUCCUCUUAGAUGCCAGCACUCGGCUGAGAAGCAUAGUGUUGUCGUAUUCUUGCUGCUGGGUGCAGUUGCUCCAGCACAUACAGGGAAGUUAUUGUCCCUUUGUGGUGCCUGCCCAGGCUGUGCAGGCGAGGAGGUCUCUUCUAGUGUUUGUUUCAGACCUUGUGGGCUGUGAUCUGGAUAUCAGAACACUCCCACGCUUCCACAGGCCUCGACUGACUUCUAGGAUGGUUCCUGGCUGAGUGAUGUGAACAGUAUGGAAGUAUCUAUCCAAUACUUGGAGUUGUAGGGGAAGAAUAUUUAAGCCUCUAAUGUUCAGUUGUAGGCAGUGUCUGAAUAUACUGCGUAUUUUUAUAUUGUAGCCAUCCACUUGUGGUUCUGUUUGUUAUAACUUGAUUUGUAAAUCAACAUUUUUAUUUCUUUUAUACUGCAGAAAUAGCAAGAUUU